AUGAAGCAAGGGCGACCAUGCAUUCCAGUAGGAACCACAACACCAACUCUUCAUGUUCGAGCAAGUUCAAUCUCAUCCUUCGACAGACUUCCCAUCGCUUCUUCCAACAUGACCAUAUUUCUCCAAAGUUUCUCGAUUCUCGUGGCAAUCUCCAGGUUUCAAGUGGUGUCUGCAAGGCAUAAUGGCUUCCGACACGAAGCAGUGGAUGCGUCUGUGCAUCAAGUAGACCAUCUCCCCUUCAAUCCGCCACAGUUUGCAGCCCCAAAUUCAUCGUCAACGGUGCUCGGCACUUUUUUUCCCUCUCCGAAUGCUUCACCAACGGAUAUCACAGCACAAAGUCAAACUGUCACGUCCUUCAUCCCUGAAAUGACAUGGUGUGUCGGCCCACCCAUCGGCUUGAGACCCCUCUCAGACACGCCUUCCACCAACCAAUCCACCAAGUAUGAGACUUUGACUGGAGGUACAGGACACUGUGAGACCGUCUACGUGCCAACGACCACCACUGUCUGCGCGACAACUUUGACAGGCAUCGCUACAAAAAUUACCGUCUCGGAAUGUGAUCAAGAAGUUACAUUUUCAAGUGAAUGUGGAUUCACACUGGAGACACCAACUUCAACGCCCACAACGACUGCUUAUAACAAUUCAAUGAUCACUGCAGCACCGACCGUUAGGAUGAUGUCGACUUACUGGGUUGCGCCAUGGCAAUCACUCACGGCUGGAGACACACCGUCAAAUGUCGACAUGAAAGUUUGCAAAGUCCUCGAGAAUGACGAAAUGGAGUGCACUCGCUAUCAAGAAGUGUGGGAAGUUCUGAUCAUCACGAAGACCACGACGUCAACGCACGAUGUGCAGCUCACCACGACUGUCAGUGGGCCGGGAACGCUUCUUGUGGAGACUAUGAAGAUCAAAGUCACAGACACGAUUGAGACUAUUGAUCUAUCUACCACACUCGUGCUACAAAGCGAGAUCGAAACUGAGAGCACGAGUAAGAGCAGGAAAUUAUUCACAAGAACUGGAAACAGUAUUCGAGCGCCAAUAUCCACCUUGUACGUCACCAAAACCUUGAAACACAAGACUUCACAGUGA